AUGUCCUUCUGUAGCAAUUGUUGUCGUGACCGUACGGAGCGGCCCGAAACCAGCGGCGGCCGUGAGUCCGUGACUGAGAGCAGCGGGCAGCGGUGGCCGGUGGAAAGAUGCCGAGAUGAGGUGGGAAUUCAACCGUACACAGCGGCCCUCCCAAAUCCAGCCAGCCGCCCACCGGAAUCUUUCGUCACCGUCGCUCUACCCCUUACAAUGGAGGGAGUUGGGGCGAGACUCGGCCGAUCCUCGACCCGUUACGGCCCCACCACCGUAUUCACUGGCCCAGUCCGCCGCUGGAAGAAGAGGUGGGUUCACGUACCGCCGCCCAAUUCCAACCACACCACGGCGACCAACGGAGGUAACAACGGAUCCAAUCUCUUGCUCCUUAAGUGGACUCCCGUAGCCUCGAAUCAAGCUAAGGACGGUAGCCAUGGCAACGAUAAUGCUGAAUCCGCUAAGGACGACGUCGUCGCAGCUGAAGAGACUCCGAGGAAGAAAUUCAAGUAUAUUCCGAUUGAUGUGCUCGACGAAUUAAACGAAGAACCCUCAGAACAUAUGGAAGAUGAUGACACAAAGCCUGUUGACUAUAACAUAAAAAAUAUGGAGGCAACCUCAAAGAACCAUAAACCUGAUCAAAAGCCCGACAUUAAGGAUGUCCCAGAGGAAGAAAACCAGGGUAUGAAGAAAAAUCAUGUUGAACGGCAAGAUCUGAAUGUAGUAAGCACGCUCGACUUGAGUUUGGGUUUCAACGAUCAAGAUGGCGAAGAAAAUGAUUCUGACUCGAAAGCAGAUCUAAAUUGA